AUGGCCGCUGCAGCGGUGACCCGAGCUGCUCAGAUCCCCUUUUCGCUCCAGCGUUCUCACCAGCAGCAGCAGCAACCGCAGGAACCUGCCGCUGUGCUCGAGCAUCCCCACCUGCCAGCUCACAGCCUGCGCGUCGUCUCCCCGCCUCCCUCCAUCUGCGAUCCUUCCGUCAAGUCCUACUCGGGCUACCUCGACGUCGACGUCGACCUGCUCUCCAAGCACGGCUCGAAGGACGGUGCCUUCUCCAUCAACAAGCACGAGAAGGACGGUCGAACGAAGGGUGCCAUCGAGCACUUUUACUUUUGGGCGUUCGAGUCGCGCAACGACCCCAAGACGGACCCGGUCGUGCUGUGGUUGAACGGCGGACCGGGAUGCUCUUCGUUCACGGGUCUGCUUAUGGAGCUCGGUCCGUGCAAUGCCGUCGACCCUGCGAGUAGGGACGGCAAGCCGGGCGCGGAGAAGAACCCGUGGGCGUGGAACAACAAUGCCACCAUGAUCUUCCUCGAUCAGCCUGUCGGUGUGGGCUACUCGUACGUCGAUUGGGCCAACAAGUCUCGCACGGACAAACCGCCCUCGCGUGUGUUUUCUGCCGAAUCCGCCGCCAAGGACGCCUCUGCCUUCCUGCAUCUGCUCGCCAUGCACAUGGGCCAGGACAUCUUCAAGGGAGAUGGCGACGCAUUCACCAGCUUCCACAUCGCCGGCGAGAGUUACGCCGGAAGGUACAUCCCCCUUCUCGCCAACCAGAUCGUAGAGGACAACAAGAAGAUCCUCAAACACCCUGAGAUGGGGUUGAAACCUUUGCCGCUGGAGAGUGUUUUGAUCGGAAACGGAAUCACUUCGCCUCAGCAUCAGUUCCCCGCGUACGUCGAGUACACCUGUACGCGCAAGUCGGGAGCAAAGAACCCGCUGCUUCCCAAAGACAAGUGCAAGAAGAUGAACGAGAGCAUCCCGACGUGCCUCACGCUGGUGGAGAAGUGCAAUCGCAAAGACAAGCACGGUAAGACGUAUGACACUCCUGCCUGUCAAGCUGCUUCCAACUACUGCGAGACCGCGCUCUCCUCUCCCUACGAUUCGCUGAAGAAGUCGCCGUACGACUGGCAACACCCUGCCAAGUAUGCGGAGGAAGACUGGGUUGCAGCAUUCCUCAACGAUGCCGACACCAAGACUGCCCUCGGUGUCGAUGGCAAGGGUCCUGGUGAUAAGCACGACGGCGUAUUCGUCGGUUGCUCCGAUAGCGUCUACGCCAACUUCGCCGAGACCGGCGAUGGAUCUCGUAGCAGCACAUGGGCUGUCUCCUCCAUCCUCUCCGCCUCCGUCCGCGUCCUCACUUACUCCGGUAGACGCGAUUUCAUCUGCAACUACCUCGGCAACCGUGCUUGGUCCGAAGACCUCGAAUGGUCCGGUAAGAGCGACUACAACAAGGUCGAGCUUGUCGAUUGGUUCGUCGAUGCCGACAAAAAGGUCAAAGGUGGACAGUACAAGAACUGGGGUGAUCUGACGUACGCUAUUGUGGAUGAUGCCGGUCACUUUGUACCCCACGACAAGCCUCAGGCUGCACUAGGCAUGUUCAACGCCUGGCUGCAUGGCGAACACCCGGGACAUUUGUAG